AUUUUAUUUAAAAAAUUUUUAUUUAUAUAAUGUUUUAUUUUUUUCGAGGACAUGUGUAAAUAUUUAUAAUAUCUCCAAUUGUGCUACUUCAUUAUUUUCGAAACUUGUUCUCUAAGUAUGUCUAUACCAUAAUAUUUCCUGAAUUAUCAAAGGAAAUUUUUGAAUUUGCCGAUUUGAUUAACUAUACUGUUUUCUUCUCUUACAGCAUUAUAUUUUUUUAACUAGAAGUUGAAAUACAAUUGAUGCCAUUUGUUUAAAAUACUUAAUGUAUAACCAUUAUCCGUCUGUCAUACAUUUCAUGAUUUUCACAAUUGGUAAGAAACGAACAUUUGUUUCUUGUCGAUGUAAUUACGUUAUAGAGGAAAGAAAAAGUUGCAGAAAAGGUUACCACGAAGUGAGCUAUUUUUUUUAGGUAUACGUUACCUUUGAUACUUUUCUGUCCAAGUGUACAUUAUCUAUUCAAAAUUAUAGUGUAUCUAUAUAAUGAGUUUUAUCUCGACUUACAGUCGCGACUUAUAAUAGUGAUUGAUCCAUGUUCAUUUGAGUGGGGACGCACCGUGUAGGGAUGAACUUCAAGUUUGCGGACAAUGCACUCUCAUUUCUUUCUCAACUAAAGUAGCCAACAAAUGUGCACAUACAUUGAUCUACAUUUUUUUAUGUUCUAAAAACUUGAUAAAUGACAAUUACAAGUACUAUCAGCCCGGUGCUGAAAAUUGGUCUCCGAUUUCUCGGUAUUUGGCCGGGUGUCCCAUAUUCUAUUAUUUAUUGGUUGAGUUUAACGUUAAGCACAAUAAUUAUGCAGUAUUUCCAGUAUUGGUAUAUCAUUAAACAUCUAAAGAUUAGCGAGCUCUCAAAUCUUAUUGACGGUUUAACUGUAACUUUAGAUUACAGUUUGACAAUUUUUAAAUUAAUUGGUUUGUGGCUACAUCGACGAGUUUUUCAUCAACUUCUGGCUGCUAUGGAUAAUGAUUGGCGCGAAUGUAUCAAAUUUGAUCAACAUUUGUAUAUAAUGACUAUUAACGCUAAUAUAUCGCAUUUCUUUUCUAAUGCUAUAUUGAGUGUCGUUACGAUUUUUGCGAUAUUUUAUCUUUUAGGCGAAUACGUAAUUCGCUUCGUAUUCUUAAUUGAAGAUCAGAAUGACACUUUACAGUUUCCUAUAAAGAUAUAUUUUCCUUUCGAAACUCAACAAUGGCUUGUGUUUGAGUUUCUGUUUGUAACAAUAUUUUUUCAUGUGAUACUACAAGUCUGUGUGCUUUGCUUAAUAAAUGGAUUAAUUUUUACUUUGGUGCUACAUGUAAGCGGGCAAAUUGAUAUCAUGUGUCACGAAUUCAAAAAUAUUUCUAAGAGUAUUUUUCUUCAUAAAUCUUCCGCGACUUUAUUUGGAAUGUUAAUCGAAAGACAUAACAGAAUUAUUUCAUUUUCUGAAAAUAUUGAGAAAUUUUUUUCGUUCAUUGCACUGAUGCAAGUUGUUUGGAAUACUUUAGUUAUUUGUUGUUUAGGAUUUAUCAUCAUAAUUUCUUUUCAUAAUGGAACUGAUGUUUUUAUAACAAUAAAAACCAUUUUUGCCUAUGUUGCUGUAACAUUUGAAGUCUUUAUUAUUUGUUUCAUCGGAGAUCAUCUUAGAUUAAAAGGUGAAUUAAUUGCUAAUGCAACGUAUGAUUCGCUGUGGUAUAAUAUGUCACCCCGUCAAAAUAAAAUUAUAUUAUUUAUAAUAAUAAGAUCUCAGAAGCGAUUAAUAAUAACGGCAGGAAAAAUGAUGGACAUGUCACUCGAAACUUUUACAAAUAUCAUGAAGGCUUCAGUGUCGUAUGCAUCCGUCUUGAAUGCUAUGUAUUGAUCCAAAAAAGAACGCAGUAUGAUUUUAUUAAAAUCGUAAAAUAAUUAAUGUCAAUAUGUAAUUAAAGUCAAUAUGUAAAAGAAUAUCAGUUAGAUGUAAUUUAAAU